AUGUGGCAAAGGAAUGAGACCUCUCUGGCUGACUUCAUCCUUGAAGGGCUCUUUGAUGACUCUCUCACCCAUGUCUUUCUCUUCUCUUUGACAAUUGUUGUCUUCCUGAUUGGAGUGAGUAGCAACAUCCUCACUAUUCUCCUCGUCUGUGCUGACCCCAGGCUUCACACCCCCAUGUACUUCCUGCUCAGCCAGCUCUCCCUCAUGGAUCUGAUGCAUGUUACCACCACCAUCCCCAAGAUGGCGGCCAACCACCUCUCUGGCAGCAAAUCCAUCUCUUUUGUUGGCUGUGCAAUCCAGCACUUCCUCUAUUUGUCUGCAGGUAGUGCUGAAUGUCUACUUCUUGCUCUUAUGUCCUGUGACCGGUAUGUAGCUAUCUGUCACCCACUGCACUAUACUAUUCUCAUGAACAGAAAGGUGACACUGAUGAUGGCUGUCAUGUCAUGGUUGGGAGCAUCUACCAUCUCACUUAUUCACACCACCAUCUUAAUGCACUUUCCCUUCUGUGGGUCUCGAAUGAUUCACCAUUUCUAUUGCGAGUUCCCAGCUGUUGUGAAGUUGGUGUGUGGAAACAUCACAGUCUAUGAGACCACUGUGUAUAUAAGCACCAUCCUGCUUCUCCUUUUCCCCAUCAUCCUGGUCUCUACAUCCUAUGUCUUCAUCAUUCGUAGUGUCAUUCAGAUGCGAUCUGCUGGGAGUAAGAGGAACGCCUUUGCCACUUGUAGCUCUCACCUCACUGUGGUUUCUCUCUGGUAUGGUGCCUCCAUCUUCUCAUAUAUGAGGCCCAGGUCCUGGCGCACUCCACUGCAGGACAAAGUUGGUGCUGUGUUCUAUAGUAUCAUAACUCCCACCCUGAAUCCUCUGAUCUACACUCUCCGGAAUAAGGACAUAGCCAAGGCUGUGAGGAGAGUAUUGUGUAGAGACAGUAUCACUCAAUGA